UAUACCUCGAGCAUGCAAGCGGCGCCGACGGCUUCUGCGCUUGGUGCGAUUCCAUCGGGUGCAUCGUUCUUUCCGACCCCAUCAGAGAUCUCCGUUACAAUGCGGUGGAUGCGAGACCACCCUGUGGUAGCUGCGGCGACAUGCGCGGCCGCCACAGCCGCGUCCGUGGUCGCGUACUUUGCACUGCAACACAAGGCGUCAUCCACGAAAUCGUCCUUGGACGACCCCCUCGACACAAGCGACUCUUACGAACCUUCGCUCGUUGCAUGUAAAGCGUCCAAACGUGGCGAAUCCAAUGCCUCCGACCAUCCCACGGAGAAGGACAGCACAUUAUCGUUCAGUUCCGUGGGUGGAGCAGGCGAUGUAGCGUCGAGUCCACAUACUCUGGACUUGCUCGACGCAGUCCCAGAACAAGUACUCACUCACACAGCUGACGAAUACGAUUCCGAGUCCCCUGCGUGGGGAUGGUAUGUCUCGUUGACGCCCCCAGAAGAUAUGUACGCGCCGCCAAUGUACAAGGUCGAAUGAGAUCCCCAAGCAAGGCGGGAUCGUCCGUCGGCAUGUUUGUGGUGUCUAGUCCAAAAGUUAACUUAACGCGCAAUAAGGCGCCUGUAAUAUAUAGUAUCAAGCAGCG